AUGGUUAAUUUCUAUGUUAAUCGUAGACCUUCCUUGAUCUCUUCCAUUGUGCUGAUUUUCCUUUUACUUGAUGCAUCCUCAUUAUCCUAUGCAGCAAACAGAGUUGUGGAAAUAAACGUAAUAUGCAAGAACAAAGACCUGAUGGAAGACGACGUACCCUUCCGUGUGUGUUACAACCUUCUAAACUCAAUUCCUGGUGGUGCAAAGGGUAAAGAUCUCGUUACCCUAGUACGGUACACAAUUGGCGUGGUACGUGCCAAAAUUACGAACACAAUCCAUUUCAUCGACUCUUUGAUUGUGAAUUCGCGUAAUUCUAGUUUAAAGGAUCACUACGAGACGUGUUUGGACCACUUCGGCGAAGAAGGCGCGCUCGGCAGCAUUGAUUACAGCGGAGAAUUGUUGGAGAAAGGAGAUUACCUGGGCGUGAAUGUGGCUGCUAGUGCUGUCAAUACCUUUAUUGAUGAUUGUGUUUAUGGAGAAUCACCAUCUGAUCAUCCUUUACCUGAUCCAUCUAGGCUCCCUCAACAUGCUUCUAACGUUGAGAAACUUGUUGACAUAAUUAUGGCUAUUGCAAAGUUACUAUACACAGGUUAA